AGUUUUUAGACAACAAAAAUGGCCGCCUCCUUGAAAUUGAAGUGGUCGUAGUUUACUCAGUUAACUGUAGAAGUACUGUCAAUUGUAGAGGUUAAACACAUUCAUUUGGACUAGGAAAAGGUAUUAAUCCAUCUAUUAAUGUUGUUGAAUAGUCAUAGACAUUACAGAAUCCUCGUAGAAUUGGGCUAGCUUUUAAUUGAUCUGUUGUGAAAAAGGAAGGACCGUCCUUUGCCAAAUCUUUGCAAUUCUGAUUCUUUCAUUCAUUCAGGCCGCAUGCAUCAAUGACAAUGUCAAUAUUGACAAUAUUAAUCAUUAGGCUAAUUAUUGUUAAUUAGUAUAGGGGUAUAGGUUCUUUGGUAAAACCGAAAAAAAAAAUGAUUAGUCUAUAGUAUAUGUAUAGUAGGGGUGUGCCGGAUUCCGGUCCGGAAUCCGGUUCCGCCGGAUUUUGCACUAUCCGGUGAGAUCCGGUUCCGCCGGAUUUACAUGUAUCCGGAACAACCGGAUUCCGGCAUCCGGAAUAUACCGGAUUUCGGAAUUUGCCAGAUUUUGUGACUCACCGGAUCAUAAUCUGAAAUAAAAGUAAUUCUCUUUCCCGAAUUCCACACGAUCACGAUACAUUAAUCGAUUGUUUCGAGCGUUGAGCUUGUUUAAUGUUUAAUAUUCCGUACAUACCAGAGGCUAGAGUCAGCACCGCUAAUAGUGGCCAAUAGUGUAGGGACUUUGAUUAGAAAAUUUAAACUUUUUGUAAAAAUAAACCAAUGGCAUUGUUGAAAAGAUGUAAUUUUUUAAAGAAUUAUAACACCAAAAUCAUAUAUUUAGCUGUUGUAGUUUUAAAGUUAUGAAUUUUUAAAGUACGACUUGGUUUGUCAUUUUUUAACAUGGACUGCAUCUCCACAUUCUGUGAUCUCAUUCCGCCAAUCCCGUCAUGCGCAAUGACUAUAUAGUUUAUAUAAGGCAACGCAUUCCCUGCCUUAUCACUAAAAUACUGUUUAGACUUAGUUUAAACUUUCAACUUUGGCACAUGAAUAAUUAAUUAAAGCUUUCCCUGACCAAUGGUUUAAUAGUUUUUGCACACGGCAAACUCUUAUGAAUGAAACUCUGAGGUAGUACUACGAUACAGUUAUGCAAGUGGCUGUGAAUGGUUGCCAAUGACAACGUGUUGCACACGGUAAAUUCUGAUCAUUUAUAAUAUGGAUUCUACCGGGUUGUUAAAGCUCAAAUUAAAACAUUCCAGUUUAAAUGUCUUUAAAUGCAUUCUGAAACACAAGUUAUCAAUUAUUUUGAUGUAAAUAGUGAUAAUAAAUUAAUAUUUCCUAAGUAUCGUCAACUUCCGCCAUUAAAAAGGGGGGCGUGGCCAACCCCAUGGCGAAAUUAGGUUGAGCGAGCUGCAUAACCUGCUGCGAACGCGUAGAAACAUGGCGUCUCUCGUAAGACACUUAUCCAAAUGGAACGGAACUCAAAUAUAUAUCGAAAGUACUAAUUUAAUAAUAAAUAGACACACACAUCGGAAAAUUAAAAACUCGGAUUUUUUGGCGCCGAUUGCGAAUUCCCAUACACAAAAAGUAGUAGUCCACCUUGACUUACCGAAGUAUCUACCAAUAGUACCAAAAUCCGGAAUCCGGGAGAAACCGGAAUCCGGAUCCGGCGGAUUUCGCAUAAGAAAAUCCGAAUCCGGUUGGAAAAAACGGAUCCGGCACACCCCUAAUGUAUAGUAUAAGUUAUAAGUAUUCUGCUACUCUUCUCAUCUACUUGAGACUUGAGGCUACUGACACUCAGUGACACUGCUGUACUGUAGACCUGUUUACCCCUGGGCCUGGGUUAGUGUCACUAGUGUCAGUGUCCAGUUUUGUCAUUUUCAGCUCUCAAAAGCGUAGCUUCAUGCUCCAAAGAGAAGUUUGGUCAAUUAGCGGGUGGGAGUGGGGUGGGAGUUAUGUCAUGUAAGGAAAUUCACUCAACUGCUUGAAAGUUAACACAAAUAAAUAUGCAGGAUGUAGUCCUGCAAUUGGUUUCUUACUUAAGUUAAAGACUUAAGUUUAAGGAUGAGAAGAGGUCUUAGGCAAGCACUUGGGCAGUUCAUUUUAAGUAUUAACAAAGCAAUUCUCUAAAAGACAAUAUUCUGUUUGAUUUAUUGAGAUCGAGACUGCAAAGGUUAAUCACUGUCAAUCUUAUUCAAUUGCUUAUGGUCUAACACAAAAAAUGCAGUAACUUUUUACUGAAACACCCCAAUUAUUAACUUUUAAUAAAAUUAAACCUAACGUGUGAAAAAAAUCUCCGGAAACCAGUUUUUUAGGCUUGCCGUAGUCUUAGCUUUAAAAAUGUAGUUACAACAGCGAAAGAAGCAUAGAAGUAAACAGGUCUGCUACUGUGUUAGUAUAGGAAAGUGUAGUUUGUAGAGCAACACAACUGUUGUUAGUCUUUAAUAUCAAAUACUACUAAAUACUAAAUUAUAGGAGCCUAGCCUAAUCUGUGCCAAAGUAAUCAUUAUAUAACAUAAUCAGUGGAAUCAGGUCACAAAAUGUGGAGGUGCAGUCGAAAAUUACAAACAAACUUGCAUUUGAACAAUUCAUUAGCUCAAAAAGUACUAAAGUCCUAAGCCUAAAGUAGCUGUAAUUUGUUAUGAAACAAUAGAAGCACUGAAAGGAAAUAUUUUGUUCUAUUGAUACUACACUUUGAAUAAAUUAGUCUACAGGAUAAUAUUAUUUUAUUUGAAAAAAUGAUUAUUAUUGUUCGACCUUUGCAUGCAAAGAUGACCAAAGUAUGAGUAGUAGCCUUGACUUGAGCUGUAUUUUGUUUAAAGUGAGGGAGAGUUGCUCAAUUCAUCAGCCUCACACUUUUGUCCGUGACAUUUGAUCCAAUGGCAAGACUUAGUCAAGAUGACUGGAGAUAGUAAACGAGUUCCAUUCACCAGGGGUGAUGGUGCUGUUUUUGCUUGCCUAGGCUUUUGCUGGGGAUUACGUUCCAGUCCACAAGCUUGGGAUUGACCCUGUUCAGAUCAGUCUGCCACCCAUUUGAAAGAAUAAUAGUUAAUUAUCGUGCUCUUGUUUAAAAUCAUUGCAAAGUUUACCUUUCUCUAAUUUAAAAAAAACUAAUUUUAAAUCUGUAUUUGAAUAUUUAUAUUUCAGAGAUUCUGAUCAGCACAUUCACAAAGAGACGAAAAGUUAACAAAAUGGAAUCAGUUUUUGUUCUUUCUAAAACCAUUUGGCCAGCAUUGAGAACAGCUAAACCCUUCACACGAUCCAUUUCAAGUGCCUCAAAAAGGGGAAAUUUAUCUGCUUUCGAGACUUUGAAAAAUGACACACCAAAGUUUGCUGUUGCCCAGAAAUGCAGAUUGCAGCCCAAAACUUCAAGUCGAAUGAUGUUCAAACAGUUUCAUAAAUCUUCUGAACGAGAGGGCAUAUAUGACUAUCAGAAAAGGAUCUUAAAUAAUGAUAAGCAAAGUGUUAACACUGCUUCAGUGUCUGUAUGGAUGAAAAGAUUUAAUCAUUCUGUCAAUGAUUCUACAGUUGCUAAUAACUCAGCAAUGCUUAAAGACCAGUCGGCUCUUCAAAUUCGACGCCCUGCGCGCAAAAAAGUACCAAAACUCUCAGAAGAAGCCAAGGUAAUUAAGAAAGGAUUAAAAGAAUUUCAGUAUGGGCAUAGGGGAAAAAAUCUGAUCAGAGUAAAAAAUAAAAGUUUGAUUUGUGAUAUUAAAAAUAAGAUUGCUUUAACAUUAAAUCAAAUUAUAGUGUAAAUAUUUACCUUGUGAUUAAUUAAAUUAUGUUCCCAUAAAUCAGUUUUUUUGUUAAGUCAAUAGAUCUUUUGAUACACAUUCUAUUUAUAAAACUGCAUGGCUGUAUUAAAAAAGGCAGUGUUCUUGAAAACAUCAAUGUGUCUGUUCAGAAACGAUGGCUUGCUGAGUAAAAUUGGUGAUACUUGGGCAAUGAUGUUGGGGAAUACAACUAGUUAACACUUAAGAUUAAUUUUAUAUGUAUAUAUAUAUCUACAUAUUAUGAUCAAUGUUCCCACUAAGGUUUGCUGGUUCGUGUAAAAAAUCAUGCAGUUUUUGCAAAGUUUUACAUUAUCAAUUUUUUGUUUGCAAAAUUUUACAGUCCAUAAAUAAAAACACACACUUAUAUGGAAAUUUGAUGCGCGGGUACUCAAAACUGCUGCGUGGCCCCUGUGAGAUGCUGCGCAGCUUAAAGGGAACAUUGAUUAUGAUUUGUCUAUGUACACUCCCUAGCACUCUAUAUCUAAUCUAUGUAUAUAUCUAUCUUAUACCACAAAUAAGGAAUAUUUACAACACAGGCAAACAGACUCUGCCAGUAGAUCUAUCUGGUUACAAUAUGUCCUAUCACAACUACUAUGAAAAUAACAAAGACUCUCCCUCUCUGUGAAAUCUGAUGAAGAGCUCUAGGAUAUCUAAAACAAACUAUCAAAUCAUAAGCUGAACUAACCCCUGAUAUCUUUCACACCAUAUUUAUAUCCAUCCCCCCCCCCUCCCCCCAGACACACAUGACUUUGAAUCUUCAUUUCACUCACUAUUCAUUCUCAUAUUUCUGUUACUCCUGUGAUUUGAGCUUUGAUUCAAGCUUCCGUGUGAUUCUGAUACCAUGUCAAUUAUCAUUCAUAUGUGAUUAAAUGUGACCUUGUUGUCUGUUUUUUCAGACUGUACAACUUGAUAAUAUUGUCGCGUAUGCUGUGGCUGAGGAGAUAAAACUUCAACAGUUAGAGAAUUACCUAAUUAAACAAGGCUUGUAUAACAUUGGAAAACUGCCUUUAGGUAAGAAAUUAGCAUCUAAUAUCCCAAAGAGAGAAUUGAAAUGUAUUAAUAUACUUUUAAUGUGUAGGUACUGAUAUUUGUUUUACUAACUGCUUCUGAACAUGGAAUUAUUGAGCUCUAAGUCUAAGAUUAUGUUAAUGAAAGUCUCAUUUUCCAUUUAUCUUUAUAUCAAAUUACAAAUGGUGAAUUAAUUUUUUAUCUUUAAGUCUUUGUUUAAGAAUAAAUGUUUACAUUUUAUAAAAAUUUCAAAGUCACCAGUCAAAAUAAUAUAUGUAUAUGUAAAUGCAAAAUAACUCAUAACCUGACAACUUGUUCCCUAUGCACAGAUGUCACAGAUGCCUUACAUGUCAGGGGAAAAUACAAUAUCGAACAGAAACCCAAAGAAAUAUUUGUAUUUGAGUAAGUUUUAAUGUUUCCAUGCUAAUUUUAAACUAACUGAAUUGUCAGGAGCAACAUGACUUAUUUAUCUCCAGCACUGAUAUAGCAGGAUAUUCUACCUACUGAUUUCCCUUACUUCAUUAUAUCAAUUAAAAUGCAUUGUUUAACAGGCCCAAAUUAACCAAAGCUUAACUUUAUUGAAUAAAUUACAUAAUUAAGUAAAAUGCCAAUAAGUAGGAAUAGUGUGUGUGGGGGAAAUAUUUGUUCUUUAUGUAGAUUUCUUGAAGGUUUGUCUUGUUAGGUGGAAAGCACGGUUUGAAAAUGAGGCAGAGGGUCGGGAUAAGAGUUGAGAUGCAGUGGGACUAAUUGGGCAGGGUUGGUGAGUGAUGUGGAGUAUUAGUGGAAGAGGCUGGGGUUUAAGGAGGAGUUGGACUUGUAGAGUAGACAUUCAUAUAGGGAAUAGUGUUAAAGCAAGAGACAAAGGAUGAUUGGGAGUACAAAAAAUUAAAAAAAAAUAUUACAGUUCUAAUUUAUAAGAGUGGGGGCGCUGUUGUACAUGAUUGUGAAUGGCAUCACCUAGUUAGGUAACAAUUAUAAAUUGAGACGGAGAUCAAUUUUAAAAAAUAUAUAUAUAUAUUUUAUUACAGAGAUGGUUCAGUUGUAUUCUGGUGUGUACCAGAACUAGAGGUAGGUUAUUUAAAAAUUGCUUUUCAUUAAAUUGAUACAGAUAGAAUUUAAAAAAUUUUCGUGAUUAAACUUUGAAUAAACCCAUAGAAAUAAUCAUCUUAAUAUUAUUUCAGAGAAAUGCAUUUCUAAAUAUACUGGCCAAGUUUGUAGAAGGCCCAUAUAUAUCAUCUCUUAUUUUGUUUGAAAGGGAAGAAAUGGACUUCACCUGUGUCAGGUGAGAUAUUAAAUUUAAGCUUUAUUAAUGUAGUUUCGAACUGUUUCUUUUUCAUAAGUCCCUGAAUGUAAAAAGAAAAGUUUUUUUUAAUAUACAGGGCCCUUAUCUUAUGAAAAUGUUGUGGUGAAACUUUUUAUAAUGCAUCACAAUAAACACAUCUCAGUUCAGUAAGAUUAUGUUGGUUUUAUUUAACAUUUGCUGCAAUGUGUACUUGAAAAAUGCUUAUGCUGCAUUAUUUGAUUCAUUUCCAUAUGUCAUUGGCUAAAUGGAACUGUUAAUUAUUUGACUCACAACUUACAUUUGAUAUCUUCUUUACUUUCUUCUCUCCCAGUUUACAUUGAAGUUGUGUCCAUGUUGUGCUGUUCUUUGUGUGUGUGUCUAACUCAGAUCAAAGAGACCUGUAUUAUAUAAUAAUUGGUUCACCAGUUUUUUUCCUUUUUUAAGGUUAAUGAAUGAAUCGCUAUAUAAUAUAUAUAUACAUAAUCUAUUACACCACUAUGUAGACUGUUACAUCACUGUAUACACAGUUACAGUUACAUCACUGUAUACACAGUUACAUCACUUUAUACUCUGUUACAUCUAGUAAAAUAUUUAUAUUACAUCACUUAUACUGUUACAUCACUAUAAUACUCUGUUACAUCGCUAUAUACUCUGUUACAGCUAGAAACAUAAAACAAUUAACUUGAUCUCUUUAGCAAUGGUAAAACAAGCCUGGCAGGGGACAUCAUCCAACUAAGGGAAUCAGACCCUGACAACCAACACCGUCUGUUGGAAAUAUAUACCUUUUCCAAUGCAUUGUCCCAGUCUGUUAAAUUGGCAAUAUGGGAAAACUCACUCAACAAAUUUGUUACUUCAAUCGAAAGAGUUACAGAGGUAAAGAUAAAUUUUCCCCUUUAUUAAGCAAAGGUGUUUUAGUGUAUUGCUUUGUAUCCACAUUUUUGAAACAAAAAUUCAUAACCUAUGCAACACUUGUCAUUAUAGGAAUUGCGACAUGGUCACAAAAUCAGUAUGACUCGUAAAGAAAUUCUUAUGAAAUCAGGGGAGUUGUUUUCUUUGAGGUAGGUUUAAUUGUAUUGUUGAUAUCAUAUAGUGACUAUUUCUUAUAAAAGUAGACUUAGUCAUUAGGUUUAUUGUGUCGUCAUAGUCUAACUUAGGUUGAAAACCUCAUAGUAUUUUUCCUUUUUUAACAAACAAUUGUGGGUCACUCUUACAAAGCAUUUUCAUAAUGUCAUAAUAUUUUCAAAAUAUUUUUUUUAAACCUUCCUCUCAAGUCUAACCUUAACUUCUCUUUAAGAGUAUUUUCAUUCUACUCAAAAUCUUCAAUCAUAAAAUAAACAACUAUUACCGUUUUAUUCCUGCGCAAUUCAUCAUUUGCAUACUACAUUUAAUUUAUGAGAAAAAUGUGCUACUACAUACUGCUCUAUACAGAGUAGCAAUCAUUAACAACUCUAACAAGUUUUAAAUAGAAUAUCUUGCAGUAUUUAACAAAGAAAGAAAUAAGAAAGAAAGAAAAGAUGCCGGUUGGACUGUGCUUUGGGACUUCCACUUUAACUUAUUAGAUAACCACUUCCCUCAUAUCCACAGUUGUCAAAAUUUUGCCCAUCACUGUAUUCCCACGUAUUUGUGGAGAUCUUUUUUGUAUAACCUCUUUGUGUUUAGUCAGACAUUUUUACCUUUUUUAAAAUUCAUUCUAUUAAAAAAAAUUACACCAAAUAUUUCCAGACACAAGUCACCAAAUUCACUCAUGUAAAACUGUUCAUUUAUAAUGUAGUAAUUUGAAAAUUUCCAGUCUAAAAAAUUACACCUUAUUGGUAAUUCAAUUCUCAUAUCUGUUUUAGUUGAUUCUCUUAAUUUUUAUUAGAUGGAAAGUGUGAGCACAUUUAAAAGGAUGCAUUUGUAAAUAAUAAUAAACCCAUAUUUGAAAUACAAUUUUAUCAGGCACUUGAUAAAUUUGAGUUCAGAACUACUGGAUACACCAGAUUUCUACUGGGACAGGGAGCAAUUGGAACCACUUUACUUAUCUCUAUAUUACUAUCUUAAUAUUGCCAGAAGAACAAGGGUGAGUUGAAAUAAUUUAAUUUUGUUGUGCUAUAAUUAUUAAUAUUAAUGAAGAUGCAUUUUGGGAAGUGGGUGCGGUAAUUGAAAAUAACAUUUUGGUUUUUAAAGAAAAUUUUUAAAAGUUUUUGAAGCUUUUGCCACAUUUUUAAGCGUUUCUCUUUUGAUUUUGUAAAAUUUUUGCUUGGUUCUUUUAUUAAAAUAUGCAGUUAUAUAAAAUUAUUGAUGUCGCAAUAAAAUGUGAUAAAGUUGAUGGUAUAUUUAAAUAAGGGUUGCUUUAAUUUUGAAUUUAUCAAGUUUUAUUACAUUAAAUUUAAAACACUUUUGAGCAAAAGGAGAGAUAAAAAUAAAAUUCAUAUUAAUGAUAUAUGAAACAUUUUUUUUCAGGUCAUCAAUGAAAAACUCAGUCACUGCUGUGAACUGACUGAGUUGGUAAGCUCCCACCUGAAUGACACACAUCACACACGACUGGAGGUUAUGAUCAUUGUUCUUAUCAUGGUGGAGGUAAGAAAACGGAAGAGUCAUGGUUUCAGAACUGCUUUUGCAUGCCGCUGUCUUUUCUAGUCGAGGCAUUUUAUUCAGUUUAAAUCAGUUUGCACUUAACUUUAAAAAAUGUUUAAAAUUAAAAUCUUUUAAGGCCAUUUUAGUCAGGUUAAUUUAAUUACCGGUAUUGUAAAAUCAUUCAUCAUAUCAUCACUGUUUUAUCAGAUGUGCACAAAAAUGUUUAAAAUUAUUUUGUUUCCCCAGGUUGUGUUUGAGUGUAUUCACUAUGCCGAGCGAUAUUUUGAUCAUCAAGUAUCAACAGGGAAAACUGCAGGUGUGCCGUAUCUUACUCAGCGUGAAACAGAAACAAGUCAACCCUAAUUAAAUAAAAAAUGUCAAUUAUUUUUUUUAUGUCAGAUUUAGAAUAGUCAUAGUCCCAUGGACUUAAGUCUAAACUUAUAAGGAACUUUCUGAUCUAAAGGGAUGCUCUAUUAUAUAAGAAACAUGAUGUCUCGGUGUCAGAGUGUUCUUUUCUUACUUUCAAUACAAUAUAUUACAAUAUUCCCAUGUUUUUAUGUAGUUUUUACUACCGAUAAUUCAUACAUCCAACAUGAAAGUAACAAUAUAAUCUUUCCCCUCUUGAUUUGUUCACUUUGUUUAACAAGUUAGUUUUUGUAAGAUUUAAUUUUUGUAACAUUUUCUAAACAGUCCCUAAUCAUCGAUGUCUUAGACUAAUCAAUUACCGAAUAAAUAUGUUGUUUUUUUUAAAAAUUGAAAUUGUUUUUAGUGGUUUUAUGUGGAAAGCCAUUUCAAGACUUCACCAUAUAAUUAAUUAAUUAACUUUUGUUAAUAUAGAUUUACUUUUCAAAAUAUUAUUCUUUGUUUUACAUUUUAAGUACUCAAAAGAGAUGUCUCCAAAAAGCCAAUGGAUAAAUUGAUCAAAUGUUAGACUAAAUUGUGUCAUUUGAUCAAAAUAUUUUUGUAUGUAACAGAGUUUCUGACUUAAAUGAAAUAACUAAUACACUUGAACAAUCAUUAUUAUAUUUUUGUUGAGAUUUUCUUGUUUGACAAGAGACUUGAUUGGUCAAGAAUAUUUUUUUUUAAACAUGCUAAUCCAAUAUUUAUUUUGCCUUUGUUCUCCAAAUUUGUCAACAUUGACAUGUAUUUUUAAAAAUUAAAUCAAUCUUUAUAUAAAAUAAUAUAAUACCAAUGCAGCAUACAACCAUGUGAAGCUGAUCUAGGAAUUGCUUGGUUUACCUGGCCCGGUGGUCGGGAACCUAAAGCUCUUUUAUCUUUCUCAUGAAGCUCUUGGCUACUAGAUCAAAAUUUAAUAUUUGGCUCUUUGCCAUGUAAAGGUUUUAGACCCGGGGCCUAGCCACUGAUUGAUCUAUCCAAACUAGGUUGCUCUUGAAGUGUGUAAAUAAUGAUUGUUAGAAAGACAAAUCAUUUUUUUAAAAACCUGACAUAGUGAUAAACAUCAAUUCGAAAUAUAUGAUUUAUCUAAAAUUGUUAAUUAUAAAACUAAUUCAAAUAAGCAGACAGCAACAGACAACAUUAUUAAUAACCUAUUUAUUAUGGGAAAAGGGAUUAAUACAACCAUUUCAUUAACAAAUGCAAUUAAAAAUAAGUUACUUAUAAUAUAGUCUAUGCUUAGCAGUGGACUAUGCGAUAAGGCAUAAGUGAUAAUUGGAAAAUUAUG